UUUGAGUAUUUUUAAUGAAAUUCUUUAUCAAAUAUAAAUAAUUUGAUGUUGAUUUAAUUUUUUGAAAAGAUCAAUAAUAACUUAUCGUACAUGUUUGAUUUAAACUAAUAAAUAUUUGUAAGAAGAUUAUGCCCGCAUGCGCGGACACAAGUAUCCAUUAUUUUACAUAUAUCUUAACAAUUUCUUACUCUAUUCCAAACAAAUAGUACAUAUAUAAUUUCAAAAUUUAUGAACAAAGCUAGAAAUUAGUGAUCGUAACAAAAUAGACUAAUAUACUAAGCUAAGUUAGUCUUAUAUAAAAGAAAACUUACGAAAAUAAGUGACUCAAAAUAAAUAAAGAAAUGCACCACAGCCACACACACACACACACACACUAUAGAAGGGAGUAUAGAAAGUUUUGGUCAACGAAUAAAGAUUACCACAAUUUAAUUACUGCAAUUUUGUGUUAAUGUGUCAAUGCAAAGAGAUUACUACAAUUUUAUAAUGCCUAGAAUCACCCCUCCAGCUAUUAUAUAAACAACCAGGGUACCAACAAGUCUCACACACACAAACACAAAAGAAGAUAAUCAUGGUGAGGUCCAGGGUGAAGUUAUCACUCAUACCUGACAAAACAUCAAGGAGAACAACGUUCAAGAAGAGGAAGGGAGGGAUUAUGAAGAAACUCAACGAGCUUGUGACUCUCUGCGGCGUCGAAGCAUGUGCGGUCGUCUACAACGGUCCAAACGAUGCGAACCCGGAGGCUUGGCCGUCAAGGGAAGGUGCUGAAGAGGUGAUUUCCAAGUUUAUGGGGUUCCCGAAGGUGGAACGGGAGAAAAAGAUGUACGACCAAGACAGGUAUACGGGGGAGAGGAUCAUGAAAGAACAAGCGACGCUCGAGAGGGUGAAAGACGAGAACCGAGAGCUCGAACUUAAAGAGAUUAUGUUCGAUCUUCUCAAAGGGAAGAGGAUGAUGGAGCAUCAUUCUAGUGAUGCACGUGUUGUUAAUGAAUUGUGUGAAUUCAUUGACUAUAAUGUCAGUGAGCUAACUAAGAGGAUCCAUUUGCUUCAGGCCAACGGCGGGCCAGUUUCGUUUCCUCCCCUUGAUGUCGGUGCUGCUGUUGGGGAUGUGAACCCUAUUGCUGAUGCAGAUGUUUCUCCCGUAACGAUGCCUUACGGAUUUAAUUUUGAUAAUAUUCAAAACAUGAAUAUGAAUCAACCAGCUCCUGCGUAUCUCAAUGGUCAUAUUCAAAACAUGAAUAUGAAUCAACAAGCUCCUGCUUAUCUUAAUGAUCAUAUUCCAUAUCAGAAUAUGAAUCAGCAAGCGUUGUUUCACAACCAGGUUCCAACUAACUUUUCUGGUCAUGUUCCAUAUCAGAAUAUGAUGAAUUAUCAAGAGCCAAUUCAAAACCAAGUGCCUGAUAAUGUUUAUGAUCAGAAUCAAAAUGGAUUCAAUGGUUUGAACCAGGGUAUGGGUUUGGAUAUGAAUCAUAAUCUGAGUGAGAGUUUCAAUCAGUAUACAAAUCUACAUGAUCAACCGUACCUGAACCAAUUGAUGGCACAAACUCAGCAGAUGAGUUAUGCUGAAGAGCUUGCAAGCCUUGCUGCCAUGGACAACAACAACUAUCAACUACCAAGCACCAGUUACAUGCCGUCCAUGGAUCUUUCUGCUCUUAACACCAACAACAACCCUUGGCCUACUAGGUUUGGUUUGGAGUGAAUUUUGUUAUAAUUUGCAUUUGUCAGUUCUUCAUUUUAAAAGAUAACAUUAUAUAUGAUGUCUUUGCUAAAAUAUUUCAGUUGUUGUAAUAAUAAUUAAAGGUUUUUUUGCCUUUAAAAAAUAAAUUAUGUUGUUUUCUUUUUUAUAGCUGGUUUGAUCUUUUCUAGUACUUGUGAUGGUGAAUAAGAUUAGUAUAGAC